AUGCUAGCUAGUUUUAAUGGUCAUCACCAGGUUGUUGAACUAUUGCUCAAAGAGCAUGCCAAUGUUAACACUCAGAAAGAGUAUGGAUGGACCGCCCUAAUGCUAGCUAGUUUUAAUGGUCAUACCAAGGUUGUUGAACAAUUGCUGAAAGAACAUGCCAAUAUUAAUACUCAAAACGAGGAUGGAUGGACCGCUCUAAUACUAGCUAGUCAGAAUGGUCAUCACCAGGUCAUUGAACUAUUAAUCAAGGAGCAUGCUGAUAUUAAUAUUCAUAAAGAAGAUGGUGGAACUGCCCUAAUGCUGGCUAGUCAGAAUGGUCAUCACCAGGGAUUGACAGCUCUAAUGCUAGCUAGUUCAAAUGGUCAUCACCAGGUUGUUGAACUAUUGCUCAAAGAGCAUGCCAAUAUUAACACUCAGAAAGAGGAUGGAUGGACAGCCCUAAUGCUAGCUAGUUUUAAUGGUCAUACCAAGGUUGUUGAACAAUUGCUGAAAGAGAAGGCUGACAUUAAUACUCAGAAAGAAGAUGGUGAGAAUGCCCUAAUGCUAGCUAGUCAGAAUGGUCACCACCAGAUCAUUGAACUAUUAAUCAAGGAACAUGUUGAUAUUAAUCUCCAGACUAAAAAUGGACUGACAGCUCUAAUGCUAGCUAGUUCAAAUGGUCAUUACCAGGUUGUUGAACUAUUGCUCAAAGAACAUGCUAAUAUUUAUACUCAGAAAAAGGAUGGAGAGACUGCCCUAAUGCUAGCUAGUCAAAAUGGUCAUCACCGGGUCAUUGAACUACUACUAAAAGAGCAUGUCAACAUUAAUACUCAGAAAGAAGAUGGAAGGACUGCCCUAAUGCUAGCUAGUGAAAAUGGUCAUCACCAGGUCAUUGAACUAUUACUUCAAGAACAUGCUGACAUAAAUCUCCGAGCAAAAGAUGGAGUGACUGCUCUAAUGCUAGCUAGCUGUAAUGAUCAUACCCAGGUCAUUGAACUACUACUGAAAGAGCAUGACAAUGUUAAUGCUCAGACAGAAGAUGGAUGGACUGGUCUAAUGAUAGCUAGUUACAAUGGUCAUACCCAGGCUGUCGAACUUCUACUCAAAGAAUAUGUCAACGUUAAUGCUCAAAAAGAAGGUGGAUGGACAGCCUUAAUGUUUGCUAGUCAAAAAGGUCAUCAACAGGUUGUUGAACUAUUACUUAAAGAGCAUGCCGACAUUAAUUCUCAGACAGAAGAUGGAUGGACUGCCCUAAUGCUAGCUUGUCGUUAUAAUCAUUUUAAAGUAGCUCAAAGUUUACUAAAAUCAAAAGCAGAUCCCUAUUUAUCAAUGCACAAUGGAUCAACAGCUUUCUCAUUAGCAGCUUUUAGUGGUAACAGAGAGCUUGUUGAUAUGCUUCUGGACAAGACUGUACCUAGUUCUGAUGAAAUUGAAAAGGCAGUUAUAGAGUCAUGUUUAGGUGGUCACUAUACUCUCAUUAUCUUUCUCUCAAACAAACUUCUACACUUAAAUGAUGACCAGAGAGAAACUACUUGA